GACAGCAUCGCAUUCCCAAGUCCGAACCGUGUCAUAGUGAGUAGUGACUACUAUCAUUGACUUGAUUUGCUUCACAAAGAAGGUAUCAAGUCCCUAUUUACUUCUUCUCUAACUUCCUACUAACUGACAAAAGAUCUUCCAGCCUCCUCCAUAACUCCAUAAGCCUCCUAAGCCUCAGCUUGUAUAUGUUUGAGUCAGAGCAUCACUUUUAACCAGUCGCUGCUAUGUCUUCCCAAAACCAAGAAUAUGAUGCGUACAUUAGUUCCGGAUUGCAGUUCCUUCAUCCUUUUAUUUCAGGUCUCUAUGAUGCACUCAAAAGUGUUGGACUGCAUGUUUUAGCAGACCGCACCGAGCCCAAGACUAAUAAAAUUUUAUUAUCUGGCGCAAUCGAACGAUGCAGAGUUUCUAUCAUAGUUUUCACAACAGCUUAUGCUGAAUCAACCUUAUACUUGCAAGAACUCGUGAAAAUAAUGGAGUGUCAUCGGAGGAAAGAUCAGAAGGUUGUGCCCGUGUUCUAUUGCUUAGAUCCCUCCCAAGUAUGCAAUCUGAGCGGCUAUUUUGGGGAGAUUUUGUCGCGAACUCUGCAAGGAAUCUUGAGGGAUGAAAACAGGAUGUUGAGUUAUGAAACCGCCCUUCGACAAGCUGCUUCCAUUUUACCCAGGUUUCUUUCAGAUAUCUGGAAAAACAGAAAUGUUGAGAGCCAUAUAGUUGGACGUGUUACAUCCUUGAUAGAUUCAACGAAAUUAUUCAUUGCAAAGCAUCCGGUGGGAGUAGACUCUCGUGUGAAAGAUUUGAUUCAACUCUUAAACAAUCAGAAAGCAGAUGGUGUCCCCAUAAUAGCAAUAUGGGGAAUGGCGGGAAUAGGUAAAACUACAAUUGCCAAAGCCCUCUACAAUCAAAUUAGCCACAAUUUCGAGGUGAGGACAUUUGUCCCAGACAUCCAGGAUAGCGUGGCGGAUUAUACAAGGAGGCGGCUUCAUUUCAUUUUGAGAGAUCCAGAUGAAACACAAGCGCAUAACUUUGACUCAACAAGAAAGUUAUGGUGGGAAGGACUUCGUUGCAUAAAGGUACUUCUUAUACUUGAUAAUGUGAGAAGUGACCUGGAGCUGGGGUUUUUGGCAGUAACUCGUGAAAUUUUUGGUCCAGGGAGUAUAAUAAUCAUCACGACAAGAACUAAACAUGAUCGACUUCAUGAGAUUGGAGUUAAUCAUAUAUAUAGAGUGAAAGAAAUGGACUACAAUGAAUGUGUUGAGCUUUUUAGUUGGAGCGCAUUCAACAAAGCCACUCCUGAAAGAAGUUUUUCUAGUCUUAUUAAUUAUGCAAUUGAAUAUUCUGAUGGACUGCCACUGGCUCUUGUGGCUGUUGGCUCUGCUGUAUCUGAAAAAAGUAUAGAAGAGUGGGAGAAUGUUUUGGACAGCUUCAAAAGAUUCCCCUUUCAAGAUGUAUGGCAGGUUUUAAAAGAAAACAUAGAUUCUGUUGGAUCUGAAGAAAAGAAAAUAUUUCUUGAACUAGCUUAUUUGAGUCAUCUCUUUAUUGGAGUGGACCGAAAUGAUAUAUGUCAGAUAUUACAAGGAGCUGGACAUCACGAUGCAUCGAGGGCAAUUAAAGGGAUUGAAGAGCAUAGUCUUGUGUGGUUUGACAAGGACAAGCUUUGCAUGAAUCGUUUGCUACAAGACAUUGGAAGAGAAAUGUAUAUGAAGGAAUCCUCGAUUGAGCCUCAGGAUGAAAACAGGCUAGCAAGAGGGGAAAAUCUCUCAAUCUCGCUUCUGAAAGCAAUUGGAGAGUCUAAAACUUCUAUCAUUAUUUUGUCACCAAAUUAUGCAUUUUCAAGAUGGUGUUUGCAAGAGUUGGAAGACAUCAUGAUAUGUUGUAGAAACAAAACUCAAAAGGUGCUGCCAGUAUUCUACCAUAUAGAUCCCUCAGAAGUGCGAAAUCAAACUGGUAAGUUUGGACAAGCUUUUGAUAACCUUAUGAAAAGAUAUCCGGAUAAAAUAAAAGGCAAGGAGCAGAGUUGGAGGAAAGCACUCCGUGAAGUCGGGUGUAUUGCAGGGUUUGUCAUCCGAAAAUCCAGGAAUGAAAGUGAGGAUAUUAAGAACAUUGUUGAACAUAUUACUCAUAUGCUGGACAUGAAGGAACUGUUUGUUGCUAAUCAUCCGGUAGGAGUUGAAUCUCGUGUUGAAGAGGUGAUUGAACUGUUAAAAGACCAGCAGCAAGAAAAUCCUCUACUACUUGGUAUAUGGGGCAUGGGAGGGAGUGGUAAAACAACCAUUAGCAAAGCGAUUUAUAAUAAACUUUUCCGCGAGUUUGAAGGUCGGUGCUUCCUCCUAAAUAUAAGAGAAGUUUGGGAUCAAGAUAAUGGAAUUCUUUAUUUACAACAGCAACUUCUUUCUUCUAUUUUUAAGACAACGAAAAUAAAGGUAGAAAACAUUGAAUCUGGAAAGUCAAUAUUGGAAAAGAGACUUGGCCAGAAAAAGAUUCUUCUUGUACUUGAUGAUGUGGACAAAUUGGAGCAGCUAAAUUCUUUAGCUGCAAGCCGUAAAUGGUUCUGUCCCGGUAGCAUAAUAAUCAUCACAACAAGAGACGAGCAUCUUCUACGUUGUCUUAGAAUUGACAAGUUAUAUAGUAUGAAAGAGUUAAAUGACAAAGAAUCCAUUGAACUUUUUAGCUGGCAUGCAUUCAAAGAACCGUAUCCAAAAGAGGAGUUCGAUUCACUUGCUAAUGAAGUUAUUUCAUAUUGUGAGAGAUUGCCACUGGCUCUUGAGGUAAUUGGGUCACAUCUGUUUAAUAGGGAAGUAUAUGAAUGGAGGAGUGUUUUGAAUAAACUCAAAACUAUUCCAAACAAUGAUGUACAGAAGAAGCUUAAAAUAAGUUUUGAUGGUCUAAGUGAUGAUAGGGAUAGAGAAAUAUUUCUUGAUGUAGCAUUUUUCUUUAUUGGAAUGGACAAAAAUGAUGUAAUUGAUAUAUUAAAUGGCUGCGGGCAUUCAGCUGAAAUUGGAAUGAAUGUUCUUAUGGAACGAUGCCUUAUUACUGUGGACACGAAGGGAAAACUUGGCAUGCAUGGUUUGCUGCGAGACAUGGGAAGAGAAAUUAUUCGCGAGAGUUUGCCAAUGAAACCUGAGGAACGCAGUAGGUUGUGGAAUCCAGAUGAAGUGCUUAAUGUAUUAUCAAAAGACAUGGGAACAAAAGGUAUUGAGGGACUUGCUUUGAACCUGCCAAAGUCAUUGAAUCCAACUCAGUUAAAGACAGAAGCAUUUAAGGAGAUGAAGAGACUGAGAUUGCUUCAGUUUGCAAAUGUGCAACUUGUUGGAGACUUUAAAUACCUUUCAACAGAUCUUCGAUGGUUGUGCUGGCAUGAAUGUCCUCCAGAAUAUACAACUGCAAACUUUUAUCAAGGAAAUUUAGUUGCCAUUGACUUCAAAUAUAGCAAACUCGACCUAGUAUGGAAGAAGGGUCAGAUGAUGAAGAAUCUAAAAAUUCUCAAUCUUAGUCAUUCUCAACACUUGACACAAACUCCUGACUUUUCAAAUAUGCCCAAUCUUGAAAAGUUAAUACUCAAAUAUUGCCUAAAGUUGACUUCGGUUUCUCAUACCAUUGAGCAUCUCAAGCAAGUUCUUCUAAUCAAUUUGAAAGGGUGUUCAGGGCUUCGUGUACUUCCAAGAAGCAUCUACAAGUUGAAAUCUCUCAAAACUCUCAUUCUAUCAGGAUGUUCAUCGAUUGAUAAGUUAGAAGAAGACAUAGAACAAAUGGAAUCAUUAACAACUUUGAUGGCAGAUAAAACUGCCAUAACACAAGUGCCUCAUGCACUACUAAGAUUAAAGAGCAUUGUGUAUAUUUCUUUGUGUGACUUUGAAGGAUUAUCGCGCAAUGUGUUUCCUUCAAUCAUUUGGUCUUGGACCUGUCCAACAAAUAAUUUCUCACGCCAAGUGCAAACACUUCUGGACUUGUCAAAUCUUGUUUCCUUAAUAGUCCCAAAUAGAAAUUCUCAAGGCCUAUCCUCCAUUAUCAGAGAGCUUCCACAGGUUCAGAAUGUUAGGAUGGAGUGUGGCUCACAACUCCAAAUAACAGGAGAUGUAGCUUCAGAUACUUGUAAUGUCACAAACUGCGAUGAAAUGAUAGUAUCAUCAUGUGCAUCAUCACUUGGUUGUUGCAGUGAAGGUGAUGUUACUGAAUCAGAAAAUUCCUUGAAUUCAAUUUUAAUCCAAAUGGGAAUGAAUUGUUCUGUCACAAAGGUACUCAGAGAGAAUAUUUUGCAGAAAUUUAAUGCCAGAGUACCUGGAGAAUGUUUGCUUCCAGGCAAUAAUAAUCCUGAUUGGUUAACAUUCAGUGGAAAAGGUUCUUUUGUAAAUUUCGAUGUCCCUCAUGUGAAUGGAUGCAAGUUAAAAACAAUGAUGUUGUGUGUCUCCUACUCUUCAUCUCCAAGCAUCAAAGCAUCUGAAGGCCAUAUUAUUAAAAAUCUGUUUAUCAUAAAUCUCACAAAGACCACUCAUUAUCUCUACGAUGGAGAUACAUUGGCUUCACUUAGAGAAGAGGAAUGGCAUAAAGUGAUUUCAAACCUUGAAGCUGGAGACAAAGUACAGAUUGUUGUUGUUGCUAGGUUAGGAAUCAUAGUGAAGAAGAUAGUAGUUUAUCUCAUAUAUGGUGAACCAAUUGAUAUUGUUUGUGGUGAUGAUAUGGUAGCAGAUGGAAAUGUCACUGUUCAUGGUGGAGAUGAAAAAAAAAAUUUGAAGUCACUUGGAAAACGAAAACUCCAGAGAGUAUGAUCACCAAAGAGUAUUGUGUGACUUGUCAAUUUGAGUUGAAACUGUGGGUAAGUGUAGGCUAAGAAAGGUAAGAUUUAAUUUGUUGCCUAGAUCUAAUUAUAAGUUUUCCUUCUAACCUCAGAUAUCAUUUUUCAAAAAACUUCUGCACAUACUUUUCCCCGAACAAUGGUUCAAUGCACGAUACUCUUAAAGGUUUUAGUAAAAUUUUAUGCUUAUUGAUUUCUAUUAAAUCUAUAUCAUUAAAUGGUUUUAAUUUAUCAGGCACCAAGUUAAUAAUUCAUGUAAGUCAUUCACUUUUUCUGGU